AUGAAUAAUCCAGAGGGAGAUUUAGCGAACUAUUUAACAUCCGAAGGUUUUAAAUGGAAAUCUAUCCCUCCCAGAUCUCCAAACUUUGGUGGGUUAUGGAAAUCAGGAGUUAAAUCCUUCAAAUACCACUUACGAGUAACUGUUUCAUCUAAAUUAACAUUUGAAGAACUAUUGACAGUUGUUACACAAAUAGAAGGGAUCUUAAAUAGCAGACCAAUCAGUCCAAUGUCAGCAGAGCCCAGUGAUUUAACUGCAUUGACCCCAGGUCAUUUUCUAAUUGGUCGUCCAUUAAAUUUUAUUGCAGAACGAACAAUAAUUGAUAAACCAGACAAUUAUUUAACAAGGUGGCAAAGAACAACAAAAUUUGUUCAAUGUAUUUGGAAACGAUGGUCACUUGAUUACCUCAAACAUUUAAACUUGCGAAACAAAUGGAUGUUUCUAAAAAAUAAUGUUAAACCCAAUGACAUGGUUUUCUUAAGGAUAAAGAUUUGCCCCCAUACAAAUGAAAACUUGGUCGAGUUGAAAGUCUUGUUAAAGAUGCAGACAACGCUGUUAGAGUUGUGUACAUCAGAACAGGUAAUGGAGUAG